AUGUCACAAAUUACCGUUGAAAGCGUAUCUCAGUCUAUUUAUGAAAACUUAUUAACCACUCUUAUUCAAGAUAUCGUAUCUCGUACAACAACAGAGGAGCAAUUGCUACGCGCUCGUUAUAACCAAAGUUUGAGCCCAUACUAUUAUGAAAAGUCAGGUGCAUUAGAUAUACAUGGAAAUCCUAAGCAGCAGGAUUCAUCUGUUUAUGUCCACUGUGAUCGUUGUAAUAGAGAUGUGUCGGCUAACAGAUUUGCCGCGCACGUCGAAAGAUGUUUAACAAGGGGCAGGAGAUGA